AUGCAUCUAGACGAGCUGAAUCGAACCAUACCAGGGCGUCCCGGAUUCGACAAUUUUGAACAAAGUUAUGGCUCGGCGGCACCUUGGCCUCGCGGUACGUUGGGGUGUAUCCUAAUUUUUAAAUCUAAAAUUGAAAAAGACGAAAAGAUUAGAAGAAUACAGAAACGUUUGUUUAAAUGUUAGUUUCACGUUCUGAAAAGAUGAAAACAUCCACAUUCCGGAAAAAUACGUGUUUCUUCACGUCUAUUUUAGAGCAAUUUUGUAAAUAUAUUUUCCCAUCCCUUUGGGAUUGUCAAAGUAGUAGUAAA